UCGUGUUUAUCAACUUGCGUUCAUCUUUUCUACAGAAUCUGGUCAUUUUUCUGUAAUUUGGUUCGGUUUAAGUUACAGCUGACGGGUUAAAGAAGACUUAAGAGACAUCGGAAAGCUUCACCGAGACGGAUAAAAGUUGAUGGAGGACUUGGAGCUGUAUUCAGCACAAUGAAUUUUGGCUCUAAAGGUAAAAAGCGGGUGGUUCUGCCCAGCCGCCCUGACCUCCCCACCUUGGACCAGAUCCUGGAGGACCUCAACAAAGCUGCUCCUGAUGACCCGGUCUUCAGCAUCCUGGAGGAAACUGGACAAGACUCGUCCUGUCCUGCAGACAGCGAGGUGGAGCGCAGCUUCCAGCAGUGUCGUCGGUAUCUAGAGCUGCAGGAGCAGCUGAAGGAGGCUCAGGGUCGGCUGCAGCAGCAAAGAGAGGAGCUGCAGACAGUGGGGGAGCAGCUGAACAGAAAGGUGGACGAGGUCAAAGGUCAACUUCUCUGACUCCGGACAUUUUGACUGAACUCUUUUUAAAUCAUGGCAGGCUUGUCCAGGUGCUUUAAAGGUAGAUAUGACCUUUGACCUCACAGGCAAACUCUGCCUAUAAGUCCAUGAAAGAGACUCGUAGGGUUUCAAAAUAAAAGCUGCAGAAAGUGUUAGUGGUUUGAAAAGAACAGCGUUGAACUAAACAGAAGUUCAAAGAUUAGUAAAAGAGAAAAAUGUGUCAAUAAUAAGAAAGUGAAAAUUAAAAUUUAAAAAAAAAAAAGGCAUAAAGUUAUUUUAUUUGCCACCAGAUUGUUUCAUUUGUCUUAAAAGUUAUUUGUAUGUACGGUAAAUAACCCGAGUUUGUUUUUUCUUUCCAUUUUUCUAAAUGAACGGCAUUCUUAAAGCAAAACAUGGAAAGUGUAGAAUAAAAGCAGUGGACAUGCAGAAAGAUAUAAACACAACACUGUGAAGGAAAAAUCACUCAAACGUGAAUGUUGUGAAGGAAGAGAGCAAAUGUUUUAUUUUGACAAGAUUUAAAGGGACUCCUUUAGAAAACUUGUCUAUUUAUAAGAAUUGAGGCGUAAAAGAGUAAAAGCAUGUUCAGUUGAACUUUUAUAACUAGUGUCUGUAGCUAAAUUACAACUUUUUAUAAAUGUAUUUAUGUAUGGAUUAAGAUCAGGUCUUUUUCACUAUAGAUCCCGGCAUUUAUAAACUAUGACAUUAUUGUUUAAACAAGUGAAAUAUUUU